AUGCUGACGGUCGUCGACAAACCGGUGGUGCAAUAUGCCGUCGAGGAGGCGCAAGCCGCCGGCAUCGAGCACAUCAUCUUCGUCACCGGCCGCAACAAGAACGUCAUCGAGGAUCAUUUCGACCACCAGUUCGAACUGGAGCACACGCUCGAACAGCGGGGCAAGGACGAGCCGCUGGCGAUGCUGCGGGCCGACCUGCCGCAGGCGGGCCAGAUCAGCUAUACGCGCCAGCAGCAGGCGCUCGGUCUUGGCCAUGCCGUGUGGUGCGCGCGCGAGAUGGUCAGCGCCGGCGAACCCUUCGCCGUGCUGCUGCCCGACAUGGUGAUGACCGGCGAUCCGGGCUGCCUGUCACAGAUGGUCGAGGUGCAUGGCGAUCGCGGCGGCAAUGUCGUCUCGGUGGAAUCGUGCGAUCCCGACCAGGCUCACAAAUACGGCAUCGUCUCGAUGGGCGAGACGUUCGACGAUGGCUCGUUCUCGAUCACGGGCAUGGUGGAAAAGCCGGAACCGGGCACCGCGCCGUCGACCUAUUUCCUCAACGGACGCUACAUUCUCGAUGCGUCGAUCAUGGGGCUUCUGGGCCGGCACGAAAAAGGCGCGGGCGGCGAAAUCCAGUUGACCGAUUCGAUGCUGGCGCUGAUGGACGCGCAGCCAUUCUACGGCGUGCCGUUCAACGGCCGGACCUACGAUUGCGGCUCGAAACUGGGCUUUUUGAGCGCAAACAUCGCGCUCGGCCUUGCCCAUGACGAACUGGGCGCGGAUCUGCGCACCUUCAUCAAGAGCCUCGAUCCGUAA